UCAGCCUGUCAGUUAGUGCCGCGGCGCCGUGACGGUACGGUGUUUAGUCGGUACGUUCCUUCCGGCUGGUCGGUGCGCGCUCGUGUACGUCUCUCGUCGUCGGCUGAUCGUGAUGAUAAUGAUGAUGAUGAUGAUGAUGAUGACGAUGAUGACGAUGACGAUGAUGACGACAGUGACGGCGGACACAGCGCGGGGAGCCACGGCGCGAGGAGACACGCGGUGCCCCGGCGACGACAGCCAGUGACGCGAGCGGACCUCGUGCGUGCGCCAGCCGGCUCGGUUUUUUGCACUUUUCUAAAUGGAUACUCUGUUAGCGCGACACGCGACACUCGGCAGUGGGACGUGCGCUUAGAGAUCGUGUGUGAGAUUGCGGGGGAGUCUCCGGCAACGCUUGUUGUUGUUUGUUGUUAUCGCUGUUCCUCAUUGCCGACGUUGCUGCGCGAGUGUGCGAGUGAGAUUUUUGUAAAUUUCUAUCACAAGUGCGCGGGAGAGAGGGUGGGGCAAGGGAAAUCGAGUAAGACGAGCCAGGGACGGGGGGAUCUACAGGGACCCGGUUGUGAUCGAUGGUUUCUUUGGUGCUCUUUGGUGUGUGCGCGCGUUACCGUCGCUGAUAGUCGGAGCAUCCGGGCGGAUACGCGGGAUACACGAGAUAACAAGGAGCGGUUAUGAGAGUUCGAUGACCACCGGCGCGCGGACCAUCGACGCUACCAUGGACUACCUGCAGACGUGCCUCAUCUUUUACCUGCUGAUCCUCUGCUUCUGCGGCGGACGCUCUAUAGACAUAUCACAAUGCAUCGCACCCUUGGGGAUGGAGUCGGGCGCGAUUCCCGAUACGGACAUCACUGCGAGCUCCAGCUUCGACAGCGGAAACGUCGGGCCGCAUCACGGACGACUCAAGCAGGAGAGCCACGGCGGUGCCUGGUGUCCGAAGCAGCAGAUCACGACGGAGCCGCGCGAGUGGCUGGAAAUCGAUCUCCACACGGUGCACAUGAUCACCGCGACCGGCACUCAGGGCCGCUUCGGUAACGGCCAAGGCGCCGAGUUCUCCGAGGCGUACCUGCUCGAGUACUGGCGGCCGAAGCUGGGGAAAUGGGUGCGCUACCGGGACUUUAGCGGUGAAGAGGUGAUCGAAGGUAAUAGCAACACCUACCUGGAAUCGAAGCACGAACUGCAGCCACCGAUAUUGGCGACCAAAAUUCGUUUCCUACCCUACAGCUACCACCGUCGUACCGUUUGCAUGCGCGUCGAGCUCUACGGUUGCCCAUGGAACGACGGCAUCGUCUCGUAUUCGAUGCCGCAAGGUGACAAGCGCAACAAUUGGGAGUUCUUCGACGUGACUUACGACGGUUAUUGGGACGGACAGCUACUGCGCGGUCUGGGACAACUGACGGACGGCAAGAACGGGCCGGACAACUUCAAGAUGGGCUAUUACGACGAGAAAGGUCAGGGCUGGGUCGGCUGGAAGAACGAUACCAAGUCCGGCCACCCGCUCGAGAUCAAAUUCGAGUUCGAUCACGUGCGCGAGUUCUCGGCCGUCCAUAUCUACUGCAACAAUCAGUUCACCAAGGACGUGCAGGUCUUCUCGGAGGUCAACAUCACGUUCAGCGUCGGCGGCGAGCACUUCUUGGGUGAGCCAAUCGUGUAUUCCUAUAUGGAGGACAGGAUCUUCGAGCAUUCGCGCAACGUCACGAUCAAGCUGCACCACCGGAUUGGCAAGUUCGUCAAGCUCAAGUUCGCCUUCGCCUCGCGCUGGAUUAUGAUCAGCGAGAUCACCUUUGACUCUGACAUCGCUCACGGUAACUUCACCCUGGAAUCACCGCCUACGACCGAGGCGCCGCGACCGCGGGACCGAACUUCGACCCGCGACAAUCCGCUGCAGGCCGAAGUUCCGGUGGCUAAGCAGGACGAUCCGACUUACAUGGCCGUGAUCAUCGGCAUCUUGACCGCGGUGAUACUGCUGCUGGCGGUCGCCAUAUUCCUAAUAGUCACGCGUCACCGACAGCGGAAGAACUUUGCCAGUCCGCUCGGCGCCAAGAGUGCGAUCCCGUCCGGCAAUCAUCAGCAUCUGUCGCCGGAAUCCGCCUACGGCACCACGGAGAAGGACCCCUCCCUGAUGACCUACAGGGUCGAGGAGCUCGACGACCGGUACGCCGGCACGAAGCUCACCACCUUGCCGCGCGAUCUCAACGAUCGUCUCCUGGGCGACGUCAGACUCGACGAGUACCAGGAGCCCUUCCACGAGAACAAGUAUCGAGAAUCCCCGCACGCGGCGUACUACGGAUACAGCACGGUCGUCAUAGACAACAAGGACCUCCACGACAACGUCGAACAGUCUGAUGCCACUUAUGACUAUGCAGUACCAAUGCCCGUGCCUAGCGUAAGCAGCGAUCAGGACAGCGUGUUCUCGAAAUCGUCCUCCAGGGGUAGCGCAAAGGCGUGCUUGCAGAGCUUUUUCCCGCCGCCGCCGCCCCCCAUGAGCGCGCCGCCCCCUCGAGGCUCCAGCAACCUGACGUACUCGAAUCCACCGAGUCCGGAACCAGUUUGCGAGCGUGAGCGCCGAGGUAGCAAGCGCCGCGAGCACUCCUUGCACAGAUACGCGUAAGGGCUGCUCCACGUAGCCCGCGGGACACUCAACGGAAGAAGAAGAAGAAGGAGCCGGCGGAUGGAUCGAAGGUACGGUGGAUACUUCGUUACGGCGAGUGACGAGGGAGAUCGCGUGAUCGAGCGAGCCCUCCAGCACCGCAAGCGAUCUUCCGCGACUCCAGAAUUCUGUUCCACUUCUCGCUCUCCGCUGAGGAGCGCGCGCGCACGCGUUCCUCCUCGAGACUCUCGCGAAAUCGCGAUCGCGUUAACGCGACCGGAAUCGACGCUUAACGAGCGCCAUCAUCGUGACGAGGAAAGUGAGAUCAGUCCUCUUUUUUUGCCUGUCAUUCUGUCAUCGCGUCAAUGAUGACUGUUGGAUGGUCGGGAUUGUGCCUGAACACUUGAUCGCCUCCAAUUAGUUUUAAGAUCAAGUUCAAUGUUGUCUGUAUCGUCACUGCUGUUCUUCUGAACCAGAUAACGUCAGAUUCAGCCGGAUUGCUCUGGGCUAUUUCGGCUGGAUUUGAUGUUACUCGGUCAAGGAAAAGAGCAGUGACGAUAAAACAGUUUCCGUUGGAGUUGCUAUUUCUUUAACCGGAUAAUUUUACAUUCAGCUGAAAUAAUCCAGAUUAUUUUGACUGAAUUGGACAUUAUUUGGGCAAAAAGGAGCAAUGAUGAUAAACAAAUUUUCAUGGGCACUGCUGCUUUUCUUUUAACUUGAUAUCGUUUUUAGCCGGGAUAGUUUAAAUCAUCUUAGUUCUACUUGAUAUUCAGGAAUGAUUCACUCGAAAGAAAUAGACUGCAGUCUGCCACUCGACCUUCGUAUGCAUCCGAGAGAUGGGCCUUGAUUUUCGAGGAAAAUCUUUCAUGAAAUCAACUCGAUUCCGCGCGCGCUCGCUGUUUGAAAUUUCGCGGCUUCGUGGCGCGUUCUAUCCCACAGCUUCGCGAUUCGCGAUUUUCGAGGGAGUUGCACGAGAAGGAACAGAAUGCAGGAGGUAAAGAGCAGGUGGUGGCGCAAACGACGCGUUGUACAUUUUGGGGUGAAGGCUGCGAGCGACCGCGCGGCGGACAGGAUUGCGUGAGAUCCUGUUGGUUACAACGACGAUAUUUUUUCCUCUCCCCCCCUCGAGAGCUUCGAAGCGUCGCAAAGAAGAAGAAGCGGAAGCGUAACGCAAUCGCGACCAUCGCGUCCAAAACGGGGGAGGAAGCUAACUCACUCCCCUUCUCGACGAGCACUGCCAUCGAUGAAUUUUUUCGCGCGAGCGUUUCAUUACCAGAGUAAUCGCGGCGACCUCGAACACGGUCCUUUUUUCUAGGGAGAUACUCGACCUACACUUCCUACACGGAGAUAGGUAUAUAAUAUAUUGUAUAUGUAUAGGCGAAUACACCGCGUAACAAUCGGAAUUACACUAUAUAUUCAAUUGGCAUAUCAGUUUGACGGCAAAAGUGACCUCGUGCGCAGACCCCGACUCUUCCCGAGAUUCGUCCGCGAGGUUCAGCGCGACGUGGAGAGUCGCGGCUCGCUGUCGUUCUCGAGGACCGUCCGCGGAACGUUGCCCGCGGCGCUCUCUUCGAUUUCCCGCGCCUUCUCCUUCCCGCCGCCGUGUACUCUCCGCGACAUACGCGCGCGAGAGAAGGAACAGUCGACGCGACUUGAGACGUCACCGUUUCCGGUCCGUGGAGCUUGCCUCCCUCGGAACCGGCGGGGGCGAGAAUCGCCAGCAUAAAGAAAUUCGUCAACGAAAGUGCGUUUCGGGCGGAUCUCCAGGAAGAGUCGCGUUUAACGAUUCGGUCCGUUCGGCGCGCAUGUGCAACGGAGAUCGAGCUCGCUAUCGAUCCAGAGGUGAGAGAGAAAGCGAGAAGAAGAGAGGGGGAGAGGGAGAGAGAGAGAGAGAGAGAGAGAAGCGCGAAGCAAGCAGGAAAAACGAGCGGCGGGCCGGAUGAGAUAUUUAUCCGAUGGCUGCGAUCGUUACGUCGGCUCGAAAAGAUAAUUAAUUACCGGCUUGAUGGAAUAAGCGGGCGUUUCAAUUAUUCGCGCGCUCGAUCGAACGUCAGGCGCCGCGGCGCUUGACGUUCGACGGCCCGGGGAGGCGCGGCAAUGCGAAAGGGAGGGAGAAAAAGCCGCUGCAGAGAUCGACGUGACGAUAUUUAAAAGAGCGAGAACGGUAGCGAGCCUCGAUCCCAAGCCUCACUCAAGACUGACGUCACAUAAAUAAUUCAGUAUCCCGACUGCGCGCGCGCGUCAGUCGCGCAUUAUUUAUUGUCGCACACUGCGCUCUGUGACGAAUCUCUAAUUUAUAUAUAUAUAUAUAUAUAUAUAUAUAUAUAUAUAUAUAUAUGUAUACACAUAGUACAUAUACACAUACACACACACACAUACAUACGCGACAUUAUACAUACGCAAGAGAGAAGUAAAUAUAUAAAUAUAUAAAUAUAUAAAUAUGAAUAUAAAUAUAUAAAUAUAUAUAUAUAUAUAUAUAUAUAUAAAUAUAUAUAUAUAUAUAUACACACACAAAAAGGUAAUAUACGUAUCUCGUACGACGACGAAUUUUAAGCGUAUGAUAGAUUUAAUAAGCCCAACUUUAUUUCUCUAUCUCUACCGACAUCGCCUUCAUGCAACGAGGAAAAAAUCGAGAAUUUACCAGCGUAAGGAACCGACAAUACAGGGAUGAGACAACAAUAACUACAUGUGUACGUACGUAAAUCGAGCAAAACGCGGUAUAAGAGGGAAAAUUUCUCGAUAGCACACACGGGGGUAAAAUAUAAUCGAGUAUAUCGGCCGCGCGCACGCGCGCGCGUGUGCGAAUAUACAAGAUACACGAGAAGAACUCGACCACAUUGUGAUAUAACGGCAAAGUAGCCCGGGCUCUCGCGCGUCUAACACGUAUAUAGACACGUUAUAUGCUUAAGCGUGCCCUGCGCGGACAAGAGAGCAACUCUCUCUUUCUCUCCUCCUUCCUCCCGUGAAUUUUGUUCUGAAAGAGCUGCCGUAAAGCGCAGCGACUGCUCUCUCUCUUUCUCUCGCUCCCUCCUCUCUUCGCUCAGCUAGAUCGACGAACGACUCGUUUUCUCUGCCUCUUCCUCUUUCCCCCCAUCUCCCUCUCUCUCCCUCUCUUCGCACCUGUGUGUGGCGCGCAAAAUUUAUUACCGGUUUAAAUAUCUGACGUGGAACGCGGCAUGAAAUUUAAGGCUCGUUCGGCGCUUUUACCACCCGCGCUCGCCCGCUUAAAUAGCGUUUCCCGUACGAUUAUUUGGUCAUCCAUUGGACGCCGCACUUUCCUGGAUUACCUGGCCCUGUUCUAUUAAGCUCAAUUUUUCUCUCAUUUCACCGGACUGUGCUCUCUCUCUCUCUUUUUCUACCCCUCCCUCUUUCGCAGAAAUGCGAGAACGCGGCAACAUACAUUCAGGAAACACGAAGUCUGAAAUGCAACUGACUUGCAGGAUCGGGGAAAACAUUUCCACGCACUAUUCUUCUUCAGUCGACAUCAUUCGACAUCAACGAAGGGUAAACACGAACUAUCUUGAUAUAUUUUCUUCCGUGUUUACGAGGAACGAAUUCAAAGAACGCAUUGUUUGAUUUUGCGGUUUAGGCGCUUGCUUAGGCUGGCAAACUUUCAAAAAUUGGUCUCCGGAAUUAGGAUGCAGCGUGCUUGUUUCAUCGAGUACUAUCAUCUGAACACUUUGAGUGAACACUUUUCUGUUCCCUCAGCAACUUGCUCAAAAUUUUGAAAAAAAAUUUCAAAUUUCUGAAAAUCGCUCUUCGAAUGGGACGUGGAAGGAGAAGCAUUCCCCCCGGCCUCCCGCAAGUUGCAUUCCUGAUUUCUCAUACACGCGUCGGCCGAAAUCGGUAUACGCCGUGCGCGCACGCGCGCGCGAUGCUUGUGAUUGACGUUCCGCUAUUUUUACUCCGAAUACCUGAACGGCCGAUGUCCGCGAGCGAGCGAGCGUAUCGGUUUUUCGAUUAAGCCGCGAGAGAGAGACAGUCUGCCUCGUCGAGGAGAAAUUUAAUCGAGCGCCUGCCCACCCACUCAUCCAUCCAUCCAUCCACCCCCUAACUUUCAUCCCCGCGCAGGUCGCGCCCUUUCGCGGCAAGAGCGGCGUGCAAGCGCGUCUAACAACGAUCGGAACAUUGCUAUGUAUAUUUAAGUGUUUAAUCGAUAUCGUCGCCAUGUAGGAUGUUAAAUUAAUUAAAAAGCGAAAACGUAAAAAAAGCCACCAGGAACUAAGAGUGACAGCUUCAAACGCUUCUCGAAUGUAAAUAUUAACCGUUAGGGACCUCGUACACACACGGUACACACGAUACACACACACACACACACAUUCGUACACGACACACACUCUCUCUUCAAGCGCCUUAAGUUGGGGGGCACCGAGCAAAUAAUUUUGUCGCAAUAAUAAUCGUCGUCUUUUAGGGGGCGGGAGACGUAUCAUGUACAAGCGGUUGUCGUAAUCGUAAUAAGGAGAAAGAGAGCGCAGGAGUCCGCAGAGCGACCGGCUCGCGCUGAGAAGAGGAGAUCUCCGAGAGGAGAGGAUAAAAAGCUUCUUCUCGGAUCUCCUCUUCGUCGUUCUCUUCGGGAGAAGCGGCGGAGAGAUCGACACGUCGGCGUCAUUCGCCGAGCUUCUUCCUCCUCGUCGCCGUCUUCGUCGUCGACUCUCGAAAAUUUUCUCGCUCGACGGCGCCGUGAUCGACUCGCCGAUUCGCGCUAUCGCGUCGCGCUACGCGGAAAAUUCGCCAAGCACCUCGACGAACGCCGUUCCCGUUGCCGACAGUAAUCGUCAAUUUGAGGCGAGCGAGCAAGCGCCCAACGUGCGACUCACGUCGCUGUGAUAUCUGAGAAGCGCGAGGGAGAUCGCGGAAAGUUGGCUUCUGCAGAGCAGGGAGAAAAACGAAGGAUCCCGAGGAGGAUCCUGGCCGCGGAACGAGAAGGGAGGAGAGAUACGGAUGACGAGGUGAGACACUCUCGUGUCUGCUCGUGAGACAUCUGAGACCUGUAUUAAUAGUCGCUACUUGAAGCUUGCCUCGCGCGAGAUAACUCGGAUCUGAAUUUAGACCUAUAUUAAUAGUCGUUACUUGUCACAUUUGUCUCCAGUGAGAUACGCGAAUUUGAAUCUCACCCGCUGCGACGGCACGAUCGUCCGCCGGAAUCAUCCGUGAAGAGUGCGACCAAGUGCCUACAAGGCAUUCGUCCAGAUGGCUAAAAAGUUCUGAUAUUUUGGACUCAAAAUAAAGUUCACGGUGCGUAGAUUAUAAAUAUGCAAGCGCCAAAGUGCUCGGACCUCAGGUUACAGAGAUAUGGCCUAUUGAAGAUAUUAAAGAUUCCUGUUUCACCAGGUGGCGCCAGUGCUUCCCGCGUUAAAACCGCGGUUAUUACGCGCCAAACGCUUUUGUAUCUCUUUGAUCUUCACUGACAAUACAGAUCGAUCUAAUUCAAAAGAAACUACGCUUUUCUCUCGCGAAAGCACGGCGCCAUUUGGAAAUUGAAAGUAGCAUUUCCAAUGGGCCAUAUCUCUGGAACCUGAAGUCCGAUCACAAUGACCUUGCAUAUUUACACGCAAUCUACGCACUAUAAACUUUCUUUUAAGCCCAAAAUGAUCUGAAAACUUUGGGCCAUGAAUCUGGGCCACUUCUAGCCGCACUCUUUGUUCCGUUCUUACGCUGACUCAUCAACAUUUCAUUCGACCGUGCAACUUGCUCGCGCUUCUUCCUUCCUUCUCUCGCUCGUCGUCCUCACUCGCGACGUUCUCUCACCUCAAGGAGCAUCCUCGACUACACUCCUCCCCUGCGCUCUGAGUACCCGCUCUCCCCCGCGCGAGUAAAGAUAGAUUUUUACUCCGUUCUAUUUCUACUCGGACCAAGAGCACGGAAGCGAGGCGCGACCACGAGACCGACAGCGACGAGACAAUGCGACGAGCUCGCGAGAUCGUCGCGGAGUUUUCGAGAGCUUUCGCCUCCGCGACACAAAGACACUCCUCGAAGACGUAAAUAACGGAGUGUAGUACUGGGCACCAACUGGCCGCAGGAACUAGUUCGAGACGACGGAGAACCGGACGCCAUUAUCCACCGACUAGGAGCCGACCGGCCGGCCGACUGAGAUUGGACACGGUCGUAAUUUUGAGUUAUCCCUGUCGAGCGAAGCGAGACACGUUAAUAAUCCUCCAGGUGCGAAGGGCGGAUUCGUACGCGCGCACUGCUAAAUUCCUAUCGCUACGCGCGCGCACACUCUCGCACCUAUCGCGAGAUAACGCCGCGCGUCUCGUUCGCGCUGUCUCUCGCGCAUACGAGUCCCUUGCACCCGAUGCUCCUCUCUACGCGAAGUCGUAAGUUCUCCUCUUCCGUCGAGGCCAGAGGCGAGAGGAGAGAGCCGCGCGGUGCGGUCCACCGAUAUAACCGCGAUACGACACGACGACGCGAUCGGCUCUGCAUCGCUACGUAGCCGUGUGCACAAUGCGCUGGCACACACGGGGGAAAGUUCCCCCCUCUCUCGCCCUAUCUCUCUUCCCCUCUCCCCCCUCGCCCCGCAUAAAUCACACGUGCAACCCUUUUUCCCGUCUGACAUGAGAAAUGCGGGAAGAAGCUCGCGGCCCAGAGCGACGGAAAGCGCCGGGGACCAGCUCAUCCUUUACAGGACGACACGUGAGAGUGCGUACACGCGCGCGUCUCUACGAGCAGGAUGGAAAAAAAAACAAAGAGAAAUGAGAAAGAAAGAGAAAGGGAGAGAGACCGGGUAACCUCCAGGUCUUGAAUUAAUCGACCAAGUCUUGGAGCCGCGUUAUGCGCGUUAUACGUGCGGGUGUUACGUUACGAAUCGCCGGAUAUCGAUUAUGGUGUCGCGUCAGGGUAUUUUGAGUUGAUGAGUAAGAUUCGCCAAAUCUUUUCUACAAUGCAGAAUCACUUGUGUCGAAUUUAAGCUUUCCCGUGUCGAAAUUUUCAUCUUACUUUCAGACUUACUAUUUCACUUAUUAUUUGAUACUUUUAAUAUAAUAUAAUAUGUUUUUCUAUUAUUCUGAACAUCGAAUAAAAUUCAAUCUUGAAUAUUUAAUAAGUUUCUUUUUUAUUUUGAAUAUUGAGCGCUUGAAUAAAAUUAACAACAUUAACUAAAUAUUUUUUUAGACUAACUAGAUUUUUGUAUUUUGCUUUUAAUACCAAACCUCCCACGAAAAUUUAACAGAAAAAUGACAAAUCUUGUUCACCGACUUAAUAGAUGAAGGGAGGAGGGUGCGAGAAAGAGAGAACUGCCUUCCUAUUAAUUAUCGUAGACAGCCAGCGAGAGAACGGCUGUUUCGUUAAAUCUCGAUUUACAAUACGGCUUCUACCCUCCUCCCCUUUCUCUCUCUUUCUCCCUUUCUCUGUCUAACUUCCUGCCUCGUUACGUUAACCGGCGUUAUCAUUUGUCGCGGUUGAUUCCGCGAUUUGACUCGCGCUGGAUUACCGUUGGACCCGAGUCGGAACGAACCGCGAUCGACGCGCGUGACAGAGUGAUUUCCGGCGCGAGGAAUUAGCUGACUAACAACCUGAUGUGUCGCGGACUCAUUGAGAGCGCACGCGAGAUCGAUCGCGAGAGAGCGAUAAUGGCAAAAGCUAACGCGGCGCGCAGGUUUGUCGUCGUCGUCGUCGUCGUCGACGACGACGACGACGACGAUGGCGGUGGCGACGACGGCGAUGGCGACGAUGGUUUAUCAUAGAUUUAGCACAAGCGAUAGCGUAGGAAAACUCUCCGCCACCCGGAUGGGUAUUAACGUACGCACGCCGUAUAAUCUCCCUCUCUCUUUCUCUCUCUCGAUGUACAUAGCGACUGUAAUUUAUACAUACGCGUAUAUGUAAACCUAUUAUAAAUAUGCGCCCGCAGAUGCGCGCUGGAGCGCGCGAGCGAACACAUUCUGUAUAUAUCUGUAUCAUAUUAGCGUAAUGUGAGACAAGCGCGAGAACGAGCAAGAGAGAGAGAAAGAGAGAGAGAGAGAGAGCGAGCGAGCGAGCGAGCACAGAGGGGCGGUACCACCACAUUGUGAGUGUAAUUAUAUUGAUCAAUAGCAUAAACGAGUACCGAAUGCAUAUUUGAUAUUUGUGUGCCUGUAUCCUUUUGUAUGCUACCGAAAUAGAUAAAGAAACAAAAAAAGUAACAAAACUAUACAUAUUAUAUUGUAUUAAUUGCGAACACACACACACACACAUACACAUACAUACUUACGUGUAAGCGACUGCGAACAUCGAGGUGUAACGCGUACAUUUUACAAUCACACUGUGACACGAGACACGUGUGCAUACACGCACACAACAAGACUACACACACACACACACACACAACAUACAUAUACAUUCAUACACGUACAGAGAGACACGUCGGGCCUAAAGGGCGCGACGGGCGAAAUAAAACUUUUAGCGAAGCGAAAACGAGAAUUUCACGAAAUCCUGUCGUUUCAGUCCGUUUUGCAAUAUCCUCCCCCCUCUCCCGUCUCACAGCGAAAUGUCCUUUCUCUCCUGCGCGGGCGGAAAAACAUAAUCUCUGUAAUGACGUAAUCCCAUCGCGUUAC